AUGGAGCCACAACCAAGUACGUGGAGAGAUAAAUCAACAGAUUUUACUUCUCCGAAAAAGAAACGUCCAAAGGUGACUAGUUUUAGUGUGAAUGAAAAAAAUAUGGUUAUUAAUACCUACAAAUAUGUUAAAGAAACGUGGCCUAAUGAUAAAUACCCAUACAGAAAAGAGAUGGCGCAGAAAGCAGUUAGUAUUUUAGGAAUCGGCGUUGCAUCUGUAUAUAGAAUCAUCAAAGACUAUAAAGGACACGGCGAAAUUUUUUCUCCUGUCACCACCAAACCUAGACCAACGUUUAGUGACAAAAUUGAUGAUUUUAAUAAAUCAGCCAUACGCAAAAAAUUAAAUGCUUUCUUUAUUAAAGGCGAACUUCCUACAGUGAAAAAUGUACUUUCAUAUAUUAAUGAAGACGAUACUCGACCAAAUAUAAAAAGGACUACUUUCCAAAAAAUACUAAAACAUUUUAAGUUUAAGUAUAUAAAGAGGCAAAGAAAUAAUGCCCUGAUAGAUAGAGAUGAUAUUGUAAUGUGGCGACGAAAAUACUUACAUAAAAUCAAGAAGUACAGAGAGGAGAAUCGGCGUAUUUUUUAUAUGGAUGAAACAUGGGUGAACGCAGGUCAGUCAUUUGUUUUUAAGUUACACUUGUGCGCAGAGAGUUCCUAA